AAUGGCUAAGAAAUCAGAUGAAGGCUAUUACCAGUGCGAAGCUCGGUCGGAACUUGGUACCGAUAUUGGAACAGUUUACUUGAAUAUUGAUAGUACUUCACCCAAGAAGGCUCCUAUUACUGAAAAACCGUCAGUAAAUUUUCGACGAAAAGCCAAAAUUGUAAGAGGGCCCGCAAAUCAAACCGUUUCUGAAGGAGAUCCACUUACUCUGGAAUGCUCAGCCGUUCAUUAUAAGAAUUUAGUAUGGGUAUUCAACGGUCGUCCAGUAAACGAUAAAAUUUCUAAGGAGGAACUAUACAUCGAAAAAGUAAAUAAGACCCACGAAGGAUUGUACACGUGUUACAUCUGGGGUAGUUUUGACACUCAAACAAUUCAAGCGUCUGCUUACAUAAGGGUGAAAGAGCCGCCCAAGAAAGUCUACUUUAAACCCAACAAGCCGACAUUGAAGAGAGUUGGGAGAAAUUCAGUUAAAGUGAGGUGGGAAAUAAUAGAAAAGCCGAAAGUCUCUCUUGACAAGAAAUAUAAAGACUAUAAAAUAAUGAAAAUUACAUCAUUCUCACUGCAACACCGGAAGAUGAAAGGAAAACACCUAAAGUGGACAACAAUUGAUGGUAUUGAUAGAGACAGAAGGGAAUACGUAAUCGAAUAUUUAGAGACGAAUAAAUUCUAUAAGGUCAGAGUUCACGCUAUCUACGAAGAUAAAACGUCAAAGAAUGGUCCAUUGUCGAGGAUUGAAUUAAAGGGACAAAGGAAAAUAAUAUUUCGCCUAGAUAAAGUAGAAACAGUAAACGAUAAUAAUAUCCAUCUCUUUUGGACAUUAGACGGUAUUGCAAAGAAUAUAAAACGAUUCAGUAUAUUCUAUAAACCGGCUUCCUCCGAUUAUAAAUUUGUCAAUGUUUCCGUGCCAAAAGGAAAAAGACACGCAGUGAUUACAAACAUUGAUUUAAGACAUUCAUAUUCGUUUAAGAUUUGUACCGUAAAUGCGGAAGAUAAGUGUACGAAUUAUUCUAGAGUUAUUAAUACGAAACGAGUUAAUAUCGAUGGGUCUGAAGUAGAUGCUGUAGAACGGGAUAAAAACUGGCCAAAAAAAUCCAGCUCAGAAUUGCUUUAUCUUGUCCUUGGUAUUGUGCUUGGUACAUUGUUAGUUUUAAUUGUCAUAUUCGGGGCAAUGUGUGCUUGGCGUCAAAGACGUCAGCGUCAAAUGGACAACGAAGAAAAUUUGAAAAAAUUUGGCGAUACCUCUAGGGAAUUACAUUCGAAUUCGAUUAGGAAAAGCGGAAGUUCAAAUCAUAAUGGUCUAGCCUUGACUUCAAUAGGCUACUCAGCACCCUCCGCUCAGCAUGAAGCUUGCUAUGAGAGUGUCAAGGAUUUAAGGCACCCGGACGGUUUGAUGACGCUACCGAAUGGCAGAGGGAAACGUGCAGUUCCGCCCAGGGAUGACAUUACGUCAGAGCCACCCAAUUACUCAUCAUUGCCUCGUACAAACUACAACUACUCUUCUCUCCCAAGAGCUGCGUAUUAUAAGGACUAUAAAGACUAUAGAAUGAGGAUAACGGAGAAUUUACUGGAGCAUGCUCCACCUCCGCCUCCUCCGAUCGAAAAUAGGCCUUUGCACAACGAGAGUUUUGCUUCGGCUUAUCAGUAUUCGGAUAAUGAGAGUACCAGUGAUAAUGAAAUAGUAGGAGGACGAUUUUCCCCUCUACCUGUAUCCAGUACUUCCGCUCAAUGUUCUGAUUCGAGCGCUCAUGCGCGUGGUGAACCUAAAAGUACAGAUUGCUAA